AUGAAACAGCGGAAGGGCCCGGCUACUGGGGGUGGCCGGAGCCGCAGAAAGAAAGGUCUAAGUGAUAUUUCACCAUCCACAAGUCUACCACCUCUAGUUGAAGGUCAGCUGCGAUGUUUUCUAAGACUGACCAUUAGUAAAAUACUCUGGAUAGUUGUGAAGCCUCCAACUCCUGUUCUCAUCCGAGUGAGAUGGUGGGGGGAAACAUCAGAGGGAACUAUAUUCUGUCCCAGAGAUGCGUCCAUAAUUGAACAGAAAGCUGUGAGAACAACAACCCGUUAUGCUAUUCGCUGUGGACCAAAGCAAUUUACCUCUUAUUUAACAGAUAUGAAUGUCCUUGUCUUGGAAGUCAUCACCAAACCUGAUCACCUUCCUGUGGGGAGAGCCCAGAUCAGUGGUCUGUCAAAGUUGUCUCCAACUUAUCCAAUCAGUGGAUUUUUUACAAUUGUUUCACCGACAUCUAAGAAGCUUGGAGAAAUCCAGAUAUUGCUUGCAUUAGAACCUUUGUCAGCAACUUUUGACAACUGUAGCUCUUUCACCACUGACGUGAGUGGAGAUAUACCAUUAUUAGACCGGGGAUUCAGAGAAAAUACUGAACCCAACAAACCUCAGCUUUCUGGGAUGGCACAAUCUCACAAACUUCCUGUGACCAAUACUGGCGGGAAAGAAUCAUUAACAAGUAGCAGAGCCACUACUCCCAGGGGAAAGGACCACUUGUACUUUCCAGACAACUCAAUAGUAGAUUCUUUCCUGGAACCACAACCUCAUUUUAAUUCCAAGCAGCUUUUAGAAGAUGAAACAGUAGAACAAGAACCUGUAAAAAAGCAGGUAUCUUGUCCCACCAUUUCAGUGCGUGAUCCUCAUAUUAAGAGAGUUGCAGAGAGUCAAAGUGACUUUCAAAUUCAUUCCUUGAGCAACCCCCCCACAAAAGACCUUCUCUCAGCCCUUUUGGAACAAGGCAAUAAACUCCGCAAUGCCAUGGUGGUAUCAACAAUGCAGUCCUGUCCAGAUACUAAUAUAUUGACACAAGUUCCUCCUUCUCCAAGGAAACCGGCUCUCAAGUCAUCAGCUCAGUAAGUUUCAAGUGGAAGUGUUGUGUCAACUCUCAAUAAUUUUAAAGGUUCCCUUCUCCCUCCAACUCAAAGUAUCAUUCAUGAGCAUGACCCUGAAGUUGAUGCCAGGGCAAUACAGCUACUUCUGGGCAGUGCUAAUAUGGCACCUGGGCAUUCCUGGGAUGGUUUAGGCUCCCCUCCUGCAUCCCUCUCACCUGUCAGUGAUGCAUACUGUAGCAGUGAACUGAAUGAUCCUCAAUAUGAUCUAAGUUUGCUAGAGAGCUUGUUUUACAUGACAGUGAAAACUGAUUCCAAUGUGAGUGAUAUUCACAGUGAAGAUGAUGACAGAAUACCUCCUAAGAAACUAGAACAGUCAAGAGAUAUUGCCCAGCAUCCCAAGGCAGUGGAUUCGAGUCAUCAUAGUCGGAAGAAGACAGCAAUGGGAAAGAAACCUAAGAGUUCUGCUGUACAACCAACAUGCUCAGAGAGUCCCAGGAAAAAUGAAGUGAUCACUCUGAGUUUAGAUAGACUGGCCCUGUUGGGUCGGAUACGCUCAGCCAAAGUUGUCAUUGAAGCACUGGGAGUACCCCCAGAAAGUCCCCAGGUCACCCCAGGCAAAACAAGCAUACCUUCCAGACCCCCCCGAUCAAACUCAGCCAGAAAACGUACUUUCUUUGUGGAAUACCACUUUCCUAUUGAUGCCUCCAGGACUGACACAGAAGAGAUUUUAGUGGCCACAGAAACUAUCCGACUAGCUUCCAGUAAAAUUACUGGGGGAGUAGUGAAAUUUCAGCAGCGAUAUGUGUUCCCCAUAAAUUUUGAUGGAGCAAUGAUAGAACACUGGUGGAAAUCUGAUCUCACUUUCAAAAUUUACAUGAAAAGAAACACACAGAAAAAGGCAGAGUUAAUUGGCUCAGCACUCUUUCCUCUGCAAGAGGUCAUUUGCUCACAACACCUCUCUUUCAGUGGCCAGCUGCCCAUGGAGGAGAAAAGCCAGGCAUCAAUUGGACCUCUCAAGGUCUCAGUACAGCUUACAGGUGACAACAGAGAUGUUAGCAACACAAACUCUAAGGCACUCAGUGGUACCCAGCAGCCUCCAGUAUGUGUUCCUACAAGCCCAGUCAAACAAGUAUUAGGAGCAGGUCAGAGUGCCACCUCUAGCAAAAAACCUGAAGCCCUGACUCAUGUUAAUGAAGAUACUUCAAAACAAAAACAAUACUUAGGACAUUGGAGCCCAGAUCCAGCCUGCCCCACAGGGCCGAAGCUGUCAGUCCCCACGGCUUUGUCAUCCUCUCACCGUACAGGAAUUCUGAUGAACAAAUUAACAGAAGAAAAACCUCUGCUAUUGCAUGUCCUCUUGAUGGUUCCUGAUGGAAAAGACUUUGUUACUGGAACAUCUGAAAAGCAGCAAACAUGCAAUGUAUAUUUAAACUGUAAAUUCUUUAGUACAGAGGAAGUAACAAGAUCUGCUAUUGCAUGGGGCACAACAGAACCAACCUUUAACUUCACCCAGGUAACACCUGUCACUUUGACCCCCAAGUACCUAGAAAGACUCAAGAACAAUGUAAUGGUAAUUGAAGCAUGGAACAAGGUUCGGAACCCAGGACAGGACAAGCUACUUGGGCUGGUGAAACUCCCUCUCCAUCAGUUUUACAUAUCAUUCAAAGACCCCAAGAUUUCUCAGCUACUCCUUGAGGCUCAGUACCCAGUGGUUGCAGUGGACAACUACACACCCGUGAUAGAUGUGUUCACAGGACAUCAGAAUGGAAGCCUUCGGGUAUUUUUAGCUAUGGGCUCUGCUAAUCAGAUAAUAGCCCUACAGAGGUUGAAGAAUGAAAAUGGACCAGACCUUUCCUACAGCCCCAGGCCAGCUCAUUUUCUGGACCAACCACCUACAUCUCCUGUUAUGGUAAGAGAUGGUCAGGGGGAUGGACUGAUAGAGCACCAAUUUGAGAUCCAUGUGGAAAAAAUUAAAGGACUCAUUCCACUCCAGUCAACAGUCUGGGGAGAAGCAGACUGUUAUGUCCAAUACCGUUUUCCUGUUCAAGACUCAGAGAAGAGUACAUUAAAAGGAAUUAAGUUACCUGAAAGUGGAAUCACUCUCAAGCCCUUUCGUUCAGCAACCACACUGUGUGUCCCCGACCCAAUCUUCAACCACAAAUACCUUCAUUCUCUCUUGCUUCCACCGGAAGUCCCUGUGCAAAGGCUCUUGCUCAGUGCCUUCUCAAUGUGUGGGCUGGUGCCUGGAAGUGGACUCCAGUUUGAAAUAUGGUGCAGGUAUUAUUAUCCCAAUGUCAGGGAACAAAUGGUUGCCAAAGGCUCAUUGCCAUUAUCCCGACUGUGUGCCAUGGUGACCUUGCAACAUCAUGAGAAUAUAGGACUGCAGACCUUUAACCUACCUUUAUUCCCCAAAUCAGAGAACAAAGAUGAAUUCCAGGCCCAGACAGCAGGUCUGCUAGAUGUGAGCCUAAGAUACAGGCAUACAACCAGAACGACAGAGGGAGUAAUUGCUGCUCGAGCUGUCUCCAUCUCAGUGCACAUUCAUAGAGCCAGUGGGUUACAAGCAGCAGCAAGAGUCAUGGCUGAGCAGGAGCCUUCUUUGCAAUACAGUGCAACAGUAGGUGUUAAUACUUCCAUCACCACACAUCUCUCCUUCCUGCCUAAGGGAGAACAACGCCAAACCCACCCAGUGGCCCGCACCUUCUGCCCUGAAUUCUCUCACCAUAUGGAGUUUCCCUGCAAUUUGGUGACCCAACACAGCACUGGUGAAGCCUGUUUCUUGGCGGAGUUGUUAGAGUUUGCUGAGAUCAUUUUCUCUGUGUAUCACCAAGACAAAAAGUCAAGUAGUCAACCAGAUCAUAUUCAGCCUUUGAGAGAGUAUCUCCUUGGAGUAGUCAGAAUUCCAAUGAAAGACUUGCUCAUUAAAAGGUCAGGGAUUACAGGGUGGUAUCCAGUCAUCUUGCCGGAAGACUUGGCUUCAAAACAAAAUGCCGACAUCAUGCAGAUGAUUGUGGGUGGCCUGGAGCUAUCUGUUUCCUUUGCCCAUUCUGGUGACAGAGAACGAGUCUUGGAAGCUGCUAAACUUCUCGGCUGGAGUUUUGAGGAAAGCCCUGCUGACCUCCUCACAGAUGCUGAGGAGUGGCCAGCUACUGUCACCAUCUCCACCCCAAGAGCAUGGCUGCCAACCCACUGUAUGUUACUGGCUGGCCAGACACAUAUCCACAAGGCCACCCACUGCUACCUUCGCUAUAAGCUGUAUAACCAAGAGGGCUUCUGGACCCCACUCAGAAAACCAAAGUUAACCAUGGAUGAAAAACAAGCCACAGUGACAUUCACAACAACAAAAAAAGUAGAUGUUAGCAUGGGACCAUCACUGCUUUGGUACUUCAGGGAAGAAAAAUUAGAAAUCCAGGUGUGGCGGUCAUAUGGGAAUGACAGUGUGGAGAGGCCCCACCACACAGAUACUUUGAUUGGGUCAGCCUAUGUGGAUCUUUCCAGGCUCAGCGAGAGGACAGCAAAAACAUUGACUGUUAGUGGUGUUUAUCCUGUGUUUGGACGCAGUGCCUCUGACUUGUCAGGGGCAGCGGUGCGAGUUCAUGUUGUUGUCACUGCAGAAAGAUCUGCUUCUUUUCCCCUUCAACCUGCUCACCAGCCUAACUGCAUUGACUACAGCAGCAACAGUGACUCAGAAAAGAUUCCCAGCCAACAGGAUCCUGAAGACCCUGAAAACCAGAGUGACUCCAAGAAGCCUUCUUGUUCAGAAAGUCCCUCAACAAAGUGUGUCCCUAUAGAAGCAGGCAUAGUGGAUCUGGAAGGCACAUUUGCUGUCACUGUCUUAGUGGAAAGAGCAAUGCACUUAAGUUUAAAAGGAAGCCCCUUGACUGAACGAAAUGUCACAGUACCCAGCUGCUGUGUGUCAUUUGUUGCUGCUGAUGUGAGAUCCCCAAUAUACACUCCUGUGAUUGAGAAAACAGACUCACCUAUCUGGGACUUUCAGCAAGAAACCAGGUUAUCCAAAGAACUUCUACUGGAUUCCCAACAAACCCUGGUCUUCAAAGUUUGGCAUAAAGCAGAAGUGGAGCGAGUGAUCGGCUUUGCCUCUGUGGACCUCUCUCCUCUUCUCUCUGGCUUCCAGUUUGUUUGUGGCUGGUACAACAUUGCAGACUUCAGUGGGCAAUGCCAAGGGCAGAUUAAGGUUGCUAUAUCCCCCCUGGAAAGCAUCAUUCAUCUCAAAGAAGAAAGGCUAACAAGGCAUAGGGCCAAAGUCCCUGGCUUAUCCAUUCCAAAGUAUAAUCCAUUUUCCUUCUCUACCGCUGCAUUUCCCAAUUGCAUAGGAAGAUAUACCCUGGAUCAGCCAGCCCAAGGCUGUUCAAAAGAUACUGAUAGGUCUUCUCCUAGGAGAAGUGGACCUUUGAGAAGCCAGGUAUCUCGUCAUGAAGAGCACAUGCAGAAUGUUCGCCGAUUUCAUGAAUCCUUACAGCAGGCUGAAGGGAUUAUUCAGAAUGACAGCCAAGUGGACUUACUAGCUUUUUCAUCCCGAAACUCACUCCUGACCUCUCUCAGGAAAAACUUAAAUGAAUUAGAUCAGAUUCAGAGGUACUUCAGCCAGAAGUUAACUAAGUCUUACCCUCAGCUCACCUUCAACCUCUCAGGCCAGCCAUACCAGGACUGCGGAGACAAUCGUCAAGGAGCUGAGACAAGGAAUCCGAACUUAGAGAGCCAUCACAUUUUAGAAAAGUCAAAUGACUUGGUAUCUCAAGUCAGCGCCCUGAUUACUGGUCUGCAAACUCUAACCAAGGAUAAUCCAUCAUUGUCAAGUAUUCAUCAAAUGGAGAGUCAAAAUCCUGAAGGCAAAACCCUCCAUGGAGACCAUAGAGUAGAGAAUGAUGAAGAGAGAAAUGCUCUACCCCAGGACCAACUCUCCCCUUUCCCUCUUGAAAUACCUCCACCUGAAAAGAAAAUACUAGGUGAAUUCCUAGAACAAGAAGCAACAGAAAAUAAUCUUCCCUUGACCUUGGAAGUAGUUGAAAUUGAAAAGGAUUCUGAGGUGGCUCAAAACUCCAGUGAUGAUGACUUUGAAGAAGAUGUUAUAGAACCCAGAACCCUCAAUGAAAUUACAACCAUGACAGAUAAGACUAGCCCUUGGUCUAGUAUCACAUCGGAAGAAAAUGUGGCAGUUGACCAUCUUCUGACAGAGGUGAAGAAAGAUGACCUCUCUAUCUCAACUUCCAAACCCUCCCCCAGAAAAGACCAGAGUGAUGAGAGUAAAUCCCACCUCAGUACACAGCAGGACAUCUGCUUGUAUCCACCUGACAGGACCCAGGCUUGCCUCACUCCUACAGCAGAAACAGACAGUGUCUAUGGAAUGAGUGUAGAUGUGGGUAAAUAUCACAAGAACUCCAAGGCAAUAGGCCUAUCUCAAAUAGGAGAUACUAGCAAAAGCAGAAUAUUCUCUCUGGUCCUCAAAACAUCAAAAGAAGAGAAUCUAGAGUCUAAUGAGUCAAGUGACUCCUCAGACAGUGGAGAAUUUGCUCUUCAUCAAGCUAACUCAGUUCUCCUAGCUAGAACCUCCUGUUUAGAUGAGAACCAUGGAAACAAAGACAUCAGUCAUGGUAAGAAACUGCCUACAAAGUUGUCAUCUUCCAGGAGUGAAAAGCCUGAAGUCCUUUUGACAGAAUCAGAGAAAUCCCCAAAGCAGAACCUCUCACUACCAGAGCCAUUGAGGGUCCCUAAUUUCUUCCUUUCACCCAAGCAUUUGGAGGUAUCAAUGAGGAUGCUCUCUCUCUCUGCAGCUUCCCCAUCAAUCACAGCCCAUCAGGGAGGAAGUGAGUCUACAAAGAGCAUCCAGUCCCGAAGGCCUGGCCGGCCCAGACCAAGCCCACCCCCACUCAACCUGCCAAGAAAAGAGGCAGAGAGGAUCGCCAAGAUUUUCUCUGCUCGGUAUUCCCAGGACUAGACUGUACCCACCCCAUUCUCCCCUUCCCCCCUUCCCCAAUGUACCUCAAACAAAGGAGAGGGCAGGUGGCUACCCCCCCCAGGAAUGAAGCCUGCUUCUGGCAACUAUUCUGUUACAUACCAAGCAAGGAAUCUCCAGGCCAAGGAUCCCCAGCCAUUCCUCACAAGGCUAGUAGGGAUGACAGUCAGGAAUGUAUGUACCACAGGGAAAGCAGCUCCUCCUUUGUAAACAAAGACUCGAGAGUGGGAAGCUGCCCAUUCAGGACUGGUCCUGGGCUCUUAGGUGCUGAUCCCACCCACAACUCACAAUCUGCUUCGACUUUUGCUGGGAGGGACAAGAAUGGGAUCAUUUUGUUAGUUUUAUUUUAUUUUUUUACUAGAUUGUGUGAACCACUGGGAAAGGGGGAAAUCACCCCUUUGCAAGUUUUUUAGGAAAUUAGCUUACAUGAAAACCAUGCUUUUAACUUAUUGUCUGGACUCAGAGGAGCCUCAGCUUGUCUCAAUA